AUGCUAGAGUCUGAUAUUCCACAGUAUGAAAACAUAUGUCACUAUGAAGAAAUCCCGGAAUAUGAAAAUCUGCCAUUCACUGUAGUAUCCGAUAUAAAUGAAUGUGAUUCAACUAUUUAUGAGGUAGAAGAUCCGAUUGAAUCUGUUCAUUCUUCAGCAAGCCUGAAGGUAAACCACAGUGAAGCAUCUCAAGAAGAUCCUGAGGAUGAUAUGGGCAUGGUCCUCUCAGAUGAAGAAGAAAUACUCAAUAGUUCAGAUGAAGAUGAAUUUAGCUCAGACUCCAGCAAAGCAGAUCUUGAUAAUCUGGAAUGUAAAUCGGAAAAGAGACCAAGAAAGAAGACGAAAAUAUACUACAUUGCUAAAGAGAUCAUGAGCUCAGAGAAAGUGUUUGUAGACGUCCUUAAGCUGUUGCAUAUUGAUUUCCGCUAUGCUGUGGCUCAAACAUCCAAAAACCUCGGGAAACCAGUGAUUGAGGACAGGAUCCUGAAUCAAAUCCUGUACUACCUGCCACAGCUGUAUGAACUCAACCGUGACGUACUGCGGGAACUUCAGGAGAGGAUGUCUCAAUGGAAUGAGCACCAGAAGAUUGCUGAUAUUUUUGUCAAGAAGGGUCCUUACCUUAAGAUGUAUUCGACCUACAUUCGUGAAUUCGAUCGGAAUGUGGCAUUACUGGAUGAGCAGUGCAAGAAGAACUCUGCAUUUGCUGGAGUUGUUAAAGACUUUGAGAUUAGCCCUCGUUGUGCUAAUUUAGCUCUGAAGCACUAUUUACUCAAACCCGUUCAAAGGAUUCCUCAGUACAGAUUACUUCUAACAGAUUAUCUAAAGAAUCUUUCAGAAGAAUCAUCAGACUACAGUGACACACAAGCUGCCCUGAGUGUCGUAACUGAGGUUGCUAAUCACGCCAAUGACAUCUUGAAACAAGGGGACAACUUUCAAAAGCUGAUGCAGAUCCAGUAUAGUUUAAAUGGCCAUCAUGAGAUUGUGCAGCCUGGAAGGGUCUUUCUAAAAGAGGGGACUUUGAUGAAGCUUUCCCGGAAGGUUAUGCAGCCACGAAUGUUUUUUUUGUUCAAUGAUGCCUUGUUGUACACAACCCCGGUUCAG